UUUGAACUUCGCAUAGUCAUUUCAAAUCUUAGAGAUCACCAUGGGGAAGCGUAUGAGGAGAACAAGACCGCUCUGUAGCUGUGUAUCUCCUCGAUUGAAAUUUCUCACUCCUCACUCUAUCUUCUCCUGGUACGAAGAGGACCUGUGGACAGAGAUUGCUAAGUUCUUGGAUGGAAGAUCUUUGGUGAUGCUUGCAUCAACUAGCAAGUGGUUCCAUCGUAUCAUUAUGGAGGACAUCAUAUGGAAACAUGCUUGCUUGCGAGACCUCCAGGUUCCUGAUCCUGGAAAAGUAGCAUUCAAAUGGAUCAACUUAUAUGCAGCAGCCUUUAAUGGAUGUCAUUCUUACAAGUUCCGCCAGCAGGAUAAACAUAUUGACUGGAUGCGCAUUGGAGCAUUUUCCUUUGACUCACAAAAUGCACUCCUGACAGAGAAUUUGAUCCCUCCCUUGAAAGUCCUUAAGGAGAAGACAACAGAGAAGAUGUUGGAGUCAAAUGGGUGCUGUGUGGUCAGAAAUGUCAAGAGUGGAAUCUGGAUUGCUGAUUUGCAGCUUGUUCGUUGCCCAGUCUGUGACCUCAACACAUGUGAUGGAACAAUGCAGGUAUUAGAUGCAAGACAUAUUGAACUGUUUCUAAGUGAAGGAUACCAGGAUGGAAGCUGGGAUUAUGAGUUGCUAGGUUCCCACAACGAGAAGAAGCAAGCUAAUGGAGCCUCUGCUGGUAUAUUUGAUAUCAAACAUCUCAAAGAUCGCUCAACUUCUGCUGUCCUUGAUCUCAAGUCAUGGGUAGGAAAGCCUAAUGAUUGGCAACCAAAAGCUAUGAUAACCUCUUAUGCAGUAGCAGUUAACACAAACUUGCAAGAGAAUGAAGGUCUUCACGUAAAAUUCCAUGUCAUGAAGUCCGGGAAGAAUGGUGAAAUUGUUUCAAUCAGAAUGUCAGAGCAGCUCCAGUGAUUUUGUCAAAUACUACCAAAGAUAAUCUUACAACAACUGCCAAGUAUAAUCUUACUGUCUACAAACCAGAGUUCAUUUUUUCAGCAAAUAUUAGCUAUAACUCCAUAAAUACAACAAUCAGCCCCUUAUCAACAAGU